AUGCCAAAAAAAUCCGACCCGACCCGAACCCGAAUAAGCGUAGAGCGGAGGAGUAGCCGGCAAAUAAGGGGACGAUUGCUUCACGUAAUAACGGCUUCAAAAGUCAACCAACCCCAGAUGGAUGGGGAAAAGAAGACUGGAUCAGGGAACGAGCCACAAGACAUGGAUCAAGAUCAAGUUAAUCAUGGCUCCAGUGUAGGUGUAGAUGUAGAAAGCGCUGCUUUGGCUUUGUUGGCCAACAAUAUAAAUAAAAUUAUGAGGUGUAUUGGGCCCAUGGUAAACAAACUCGAAGAUCUGGACAAACGUGUAGAAUUAAUGGAGACGGGUUUGAAAGAAUAUCUAGAAAAGCAAGCGAAAUUGCAUCCUACAAGGGAGAAACCACCUCCUUACAACCCAGAUAUACGUUUCCCAACAUUCCCUGAGAAGUUUGAUUGUGAUGUGUUUCGCAAAUGGGUAAAGGAAGUAGAAUUGUAUUUUGAGUAUUAUCGUGUCCCAGGGUAUCAACAAUUCGAACUUGUAGUUGCCUCAUUGCCACAAGAGGGAGAGGUUUUUCAAUGGUGGCAGGAUAUCAACGAGCUGUGCACUAAAACUAGACUCCAUUUAUUGAAGCCCAUUGGGUGGAAAGAGAUGAAGAGGUUGGUUAUGCAUAAAUUCCUUCGUCCAAUGCUUGUUUGA